AUUGGCCCCUACAUAUUUCCAAGUUGUAACUACAAAUAGGAUCUCUCCCUCUCUUUGCUUUCUCCAGUUAGUCAGUUAACUUGAUCCAUCCUACGAUCGAUCGUCACAAUCAUCUUUCCUGACACUUGAAUUUCUUCAUCGUGUUUGAAGUUGAAGAAGUGCAGAGAAGUUAGAGAUGGAUAAGCAGUUUGCAGUGAAGGUGGAAGAUGGAAGAAAAGGAGUUGAUGGUGAGCCAUCUGUUGGUCCGAUUUACCGUAAUCUUCUAGCGAAAGAUGGGUUCCCCCCUCUUGAUGCUGACUUAAAAACUACUUGGGAUGUCUUUAGGAAUUCUGUUGAAAAAUAUCCCAACAACAAGAUGUUAGGAUGGCGUGAGCUUGUUGACGGCAGCUGGGGGCCAUAUAUAUGGAAAACUUACAAGACUGUAUACGAGGAGGUUCUGCAUGCUGCUUCGGCGAUUAGGGCUUCCGGAAUCGGAGCUGGCUGUAAAGUGGGAAUCUAUGGAUCAAAUUGCCCUCAAUGGAUUGUGGCAAUGGAGGCUUGCAAUGCCCAGAGUUACAUUUCUGUACCUCUCUAUGAUACCCUUGGACCAGGAGCAGUGAACUUCAUAUUAGACCAUGCUGAAGUUGAUGUUGUUUUUGUCCAGGAUAAAAAAGUAAAAGAACUGUUGAAUCCAGAAUGUACGCAUACUCAGCGGUUGAAAUUGAUUGUUUGCUUCACUUCAAUGAAGGAGGAGGAAAAGGAAAAGGCGGAUUCCAUGGGGAUAAAAUCAUAUUCAUGGAGCGAAUUCCUUCAUAUGGGGAGUAAAAAUCCAUCAGAUCUGCAGACACCUAAAGCAUCUGAUAUAUGUACAAUCAUGUACACCAGUGGCACAAGUGGAGAUCCAAAAGGUGUUAUAUUGACUCAUGAAAAUACUACAACAAACAUAAGAGGAGUCGAUCUUUUUAUGGAACAAUUUGAGGACAAGAUGACAGUGGAUGAUGUUUAUUUGUCUUUCCUGCCUCUUGCUCACAUCCUAGACCGUAUAAUUGAAGAAUACUUUUUCCGUAAUGGUGCUUCUGUUGGGUUCUAUCAUGGGAAUAUCAACGAACUGAGGGAAGAUAUGAUGGAGCUGAAGCCAACAUUUUUGGCUGGAGUACCUCGAGUUUUGGAAAGAAUUCAUGAAGGUGUGCUUAAAGGAUUAGAAGAAGUUAAUCCAAGGAGGAGGAAAAUAUUCAACAUUCUAUACAACUACAAACUUAGAUGGAUGAAAGCAGGUUACAAGCAGAAAUACGCAUCACCACUUGCAGAUCUUCUUGCUUUCAGGAAGGUUAAGAACAGAUUAGGUGGUAGGAUCCGUCUUAUUGUAUCUGGAGGGGCUCCAUUAAGCAGAGAGGUAGAAGAGUUCUUGAGGGUUACCUCAUGUGCUUUUGUGUUGCAAGGAUAUGGGAUGACAGAGACGUGUGGUUUGGCUACUUUAGGGUUUCCAGAUGAAAUGUCGAUGCUUGGGGCUGUUGGUUCACCUUUUGUAUACACAGAUAUGCGUCUUGAAGAGGUUCCAGAAAUGGGUUAUGAUCCAUUGGCUGAUCCACCACGUGGUGAAAUAUGUCUCAGGGGGAAAACAUCGUUUGCUGGAUAUUACAAGAAUCCAGAGCUCACAAAUGAGGUCAUGCAAGAUGGAUGGUUUCAUACAGGUGACAUAGGAGAGAUGCAACCAAACGGGGUGUUGGUGAUUAUUGACAGGAAGAAACAUCUGAUAAAGCUGUCUCAAGGGGAGUAUAUUGCACUUGAAUAUCUGGAGAAAGUCUAUGGCAUCACGCCCAUUGUUGAAGAUAUUUGGGUGUACGGGGAUAGCUUCAAGUCAUCUUUGAUUGCAGUAGUGGUACCAAAUAAAGAGCAGGCUGAAAAGUGGGCGCUUCAAAACGGGUUUAAAGUUUCCUGGUCUGAGCUGUGUAAACUCAGGCAGUUACAAGAUUAUAUCAUCUCUGAGCUUAAAUCUACUGCACAGAGAAACAAGCUAAGAGGUUUUGAACAUAUCAAGGGUAUAAUUAUGGAGGAGAGAACAUUUGAAGAGGAAAAAGAUUUGCUGACUGCAACUCUGAAGAAGCGAAGGGAUAAACUUAUGAACCGUUACAAGGUGGGAAUUGAUGAUCUCUACAAGAGCUUCACAGUCAACAAACGCUGAGAUAUAUUAUAUGUUUAUAGCAACUGCAUGUGUGGCUGUGGGUGGGUUGUUUGUUGCAUGGUCAUUGGUCUGGUCGGAUGAUGAUUUUUUUUUUAACUUGUUUGCGUCUUUUAUUUCACUGGUUUUGUAAUCUAUAAAAGAGAUUUUAUUUGCAUAUUUAUUGAAAUUAAUAAUGUUUUACAGUAAA